GGAGUCAGGCUGCCUCGCUGUGUCAGGGAAGCGCAGUUUCAGUGUGAACACUGGGACCGGAGCUGCUCUGGGACGACCCAGUGCAACGGGAGAAAGAGGGGAAACCGUGUCCGGACUGGGGAGCUGAGGCCGUCAGGUAUCUGUGUUCACCAGAUCCCGCUGGCUGUUUCUUGGCCAUGUCUGGACUUCAUAAAACAACAGCCAGGAACUUGGAGAAUUUGACUUUGGAUUCUGGUUAUGGAGGUACCGCCACCUCGUGUAGAUCGUCCAGUUUGUCGCUGUGUCGCUCAGGAGGGACCUGGGGCUCGUUCCCCAGGGGCACAGGGAGGAGACACAUGGGCAGCUGUGAUACUUUGGACACUGAGCUGGCAGAGAGCUCUGAAGGAUUAGAGGCUCUGGACUACUGUCCUAAACUGCCCCAUUUGGACCACGUCCCGUGGACUGAGGAGCAGCUUCAGGAGGUGCUGAGGAGAUGCCGUCCCGGGGAAUUCGGGCAGUCUGCCCCUGGGGGCUUUGUUCAAAAAGUCUCCACGUACCUGAGUAGGGCGCUGCUCCGGAUAGGGAAGGAGGCGCAGAGGCUGUGUGUGCAGAGUGCCGAGUGCAGCAAGCAUGAAAUCCAAAGUUCGGCCAAGCUGGUCCUGUCCUGGUCCUUGUCUCAGAGUUGCAUGGCGGCUGCAGUCAAGGCGCUGUCCGUCUACAACAUGAACUCCGGGGAUCAGCUCAGCAGCAGCAAGAGCUCCCAAUGUAAGAUUGUCUUCUCGGUUGGCCGCUUCUUUCGGUGGAUGGUGGACAGCCGGCUGUCCAUCCGCAUCCAUCAGCAUGCAGCCAUCUACCUGGCAGCCUGCCUGGAGAACAUCCUGGAGGAGGUGCACCUGAAGCUGCUGGACAGCAUACACUCCCGAGGGACAGAACCGCUUGAGGCCAUGGACAAGGCCCUGGAGCAAAUGAUCAGCAACGACCCGGAUCUGUGGGGCUUGUUCCAACCUUACGAGCAUCUGAUCUGCGGCAGGAACGCUUACGGUGUGCCUUGCCUUCCAAUUUACCUCAGCCUGUACACGGAGCACUACCACAGUGCAGAACCAAUCCACCGGCAGCUGUACAAUCACUCUGACCUUAGGAACUUGGAGCAGGCUAUGCUGGCAACUUGUGUGGGCACCAUCGCUGAACUCAGUGACCUGAUCUCUCAAGCAAUGUAUUACUUCCAACAAUUUGGUGCCAAGUACCACGGGAAGGGAUUUCAGCUGCACUUCAAAAAGGGGCCGUAUUCCUGGGAGCCUGAGGCUCUGCAUGGUCUCUAUUACUACAUGCACUGCCCUCAUUUGGAGUGGGAGAAUCCCAGCAAUGAGCCACCGAGAGUAAAACUGAGCAGUGAGAGACCGUACGAGAUUCUCCCGCCAGUGGUUGAGUGGAUCAGGGUGUGCAUCGCACAGGCGGAACACAGGCACAGUCUCACAGUGGACAGUAGUGACCUUCGACAGGCUGCCAGACUUCUGCUUCCAGGCGUAGAUUGUGAACCCCGGCAACUCAGGAUUAACUGCACUUUAUGCACAUCCCGUGGACUGGAUGCCAAGCAGGCUGAGCUGAAGCUGAGACAGAACCUGGGCUUUCAGAUGUUGAACUCCGGCCGCACUGAUUUGGUACAUGCAGCUGCUGCGUUGCUGGGACCAGAGGGACUCGAUGCUCUUAGUGAGCAGGGAUUGACUCCACUGAUGUUUGCAGCCAGCAGUGGGGAUGAGGCCAUGGUCCAGGUCCUGGUGACCUCUGGAGCAGACAUUGAUAUUCAGGUGCCAGGUAAUUCCCAGCAGUGCCCAUCUGUCCAUGCAGAGACGCGACACUGGACCGCUCUCACUUUCGCCGUCGCAUUUGGCCAUCUCUCAGUUGCACAGUUGCUAUUGGAUGCUGGGGCCCAUAUCGAAGGCUGUGUUAGUGAAGAAAGCUGGUCAGAAACUCCUUUGCAGCUCGCAGCCGCAGCAGGACACCUAGAUCUGGUCAGUCUGUUAUUGGAGAAAGGAGCUGAUCUCCUGGCUGGAUCCGUUGGUAAAAAUGGAGUCACUGCAUCUCUGCAAGGAAUUACUAACCCAUUCAGUCAGGCUGCUGCCCACGGACACAGGAAUGUGCUGCAGAAGCUUCUGUCCCAGCCAGACACCCUGAAUAGUGACAUCAUGUCCCUGGAGGACAUCCUGGCUGAGGGGACAGAGGACAACAACCAGCAGUUUCCAAAACCGAGGCUAAACCGCAGCAGUAAAGCCCGAAGGAGAGCAAUGCAGGAUGCCCUCUAUCAGAGUGCUGAGCACAGCUACCUUGACAUCACCGUAGAGUUGCACAAUCUCGGUGUCCCCUGGACUCUGUAUUCCUGGCUGAAGUCCCUGGAAAACUCUCUGAUCCAGCGUCGGUGGUCCAUUACUCUAUAUCUGCUCAAGGACUUUGAUACUGUGAACGAUGUGUACAGCCAAGAAAUGAUCACCUGGGGACUGACGCUUAUGUUUGACAUAUUCCGCCUGAGCAAGAACAAUGCUAUUACUCGACAACUGGCAACCAUCUUUAGCUAUUGCUAUGGGCCCUACCCCAUUCCUGUGAUCCAGGAGAGUGACAAGAAGAUCAAGACUGCAGCUGAGCCCAUUCUGCUGAAUAACCAGGAACAGUCAGACAUCACAUUUCUGGUGGAGGGGAAGCCAUUCUACGGUCAUCGGGCACUGCUGUCAGCUGCUUCACCCCGCUUCAAAGACCUUAUUACAAACUGCCCUUCUGCUGAUGCCAAGACCUGUGGUCCCAUUGAGAUCAAGGACAUCAAGUACAGCACAUUCAAGUGCCUGGUUCAGUAUAUUUAUGACGGAGAGACAGAGCGACUUGACAUCAGUAAAAACCAAGCCCUGCAGGUUCUCUCAGCUUCAAGCAUCUUCAAACUAAAACCUCUGACACGUCACUGUGAGGUCGUCUGUUCAAAGAACUUGACACUUGCUGACAGCCUACACACAUACCAACAGGCCAAGGUUCUCAAAGCUAAUGAGCUGGUCUCCUACUGCAAUGGAUAUUUCCUCAAGAAUAUGCUGCCUUUACUAGAGCAGGACUCUUUCCAGCAGCUGGUGCAGAGCCAGACAGAGAGAUGUCAUGAUCUUCUGACAGACCUGCAGCAAGCACUAGCCUCCAGAAUGCAGGCUGUAUACCAGCCAUCUGCCAAGGAAACCAUGGUGUGACUUUAAACCUGAAUGCAAGGUCAGCCUUUGGAUGAUGGACAUUGCACUUUUUCUAAAUUAACAGAGACCUCAUUAAUUUAUAUUCUCUGUAUAUCUGAGUGCUAUGACUGAGAUUUCAGUGUAUUUGAAAUCAGAGUGAGUGAUCAAAACACUUUAAUAAGCUAGAGUAUGAGUGGCUUGUACUGAAACCUAUGACUGCUUCCUUUCAGAGGAUCUCUCUAUGUCCCUAUCUCUCUGACUAUGUCACAAGCUAUCUAGACCUCAUGGACCACAAUCCCACACCAUCUCUCCACUUGGUCUCCUCCCCAAGAUCAUUUUGAUCUACAUAAGGACCAAUUCUCUGACUGCAUGCCUGCUAUGGGGAGCUGUCUUCAAGGGGUAGGGCAGUGCCUCUGUGGUUUGUGAGCAGCCGGUGGAUGAGGUUUCCAAUGGUAGGACACUUUUGGAGAAUCCGCCCUCUUGUGCCUCAUGCCUGGAAUAUCUCCACCAUUCAUGACCCAUGGUGAACAUCUUCACCUUGUGACAUUAGAAAUUCAUGUGCUUUAGUGAUGCUACAAAAACACUUCAAAAAUUUUUAAAAGUUGACCAAGAAACAGUAUUUUAGAACCAUCUUAAACUUACCUACAGUGGCCUGACUUUGUGGUCUGCUAAAAUACACUUGGCCAGGGUAAGUAAAAUAUAUGACAGUCUUAGCGAAGUGAUUAGGCCCCUGAACAUGUGAUUCAGCAAAGUUUUGUGAGAGAUUGGGACACACCACUGGCUACCCAGAGGGAUGAUUUAUAGAACUCCACUGAGUCCCUUGGCUAAUUACUAAUGGAAGAGAAAGCAGCAUCACUAUUUAUUAUUUAUGUGCAAUACUGUGUAUAAAUUAUCAUGUUCAAAUGUUUCCUAUUGCUUAAUUUAAUUUUCAAUGGAUUUUCUUUAUGUAAAAAAAAUCUUUGUAUUAACCUGGAGAAGAUUAUUAAAUCAUAAAGAGUGGUAGAAAACUAUAUUUUCAUCAGGAAUGAAAAUCAGAUGAAGGAUUUCAAUACUGUGACUGAAUUUGCAAUGUUGAAUACAUUGAUACUUUUCACACUGUGUGCCUUUUUAUAAUUAAAUAUAACUUAAUUCCA